AUGGAAGAAUACGAGGAUUUGAACGGCAUGGAAUCUGAGGAUGAGGUUUAUGAGGAAGAGGGUGAGGAGGAGGAAGAUCAAGAUCAAGAUCAAGAUGAAGAUGAAGAGGCAGAAGGCAUGGAAAUGAUUGAGGAAAACGAUGAAGAAGAAGGAGAAGAUUUUGACUACGAAGAAGAAGAAGACCUAUCUGCUCCAGUAUACACAAUUCCUCCAAGAGAAAUUGUCGCUGUCGAGCAUCCAUUGAUUAUCAAAAAUCUUGAAAACGGUAUCAAAACAUUUGGACGUCAACCACAAUGGAACAAGAUUCUUGAGGGCACUGAAGAUGAAUGUAUUCCACUUUUCCUCCGAAUCCAAGAUCCCACAUGCGAACCAAUUUUAUCCUACAAUAGCAUUACCAACAAUGUUCUCCUUAAGAUAACGGUACCAAAGCGUACUGGUAGAAAGCGCAAGCGUGGAUCUCAAGAUCCUUAUACUGAUGAUGGACAUCCAGUGUCUGAGGUUACCCAUUGCCAGAAUUCGAUGAGUGAUAUCCAAUCACACUCCUUGAAUGAUAAGCCUACCAGUAUACUCAGAAAGCUACGAGACAAUGUUGGUAAAUACACCGUGGAGGCUGCAGGAGCGAUCGAACAGAGUCAUCGCUAUAGAGGGGGAAAGAUGCGAGAAUUCAAGCUAGGUAGUGACAAGGGAUGGAAACCGAACGAAGAGAUUCUUCCUCCUCCAACGUUCACUCAUCAUCCGUUACCUUUCAACUGGGGAUAUCGUCAAAAUCCUUUGAUUUCAACCGAAGUGGACGCUGAGACGGGAGAGACAAAUAUCGUUAAUCGCUCAAAAAUGCCAAAGCUCGAGAUGCAGUAUGUACAUUGCGACGAAGACGAAGACGUCCCAGCAAAGGCGCAUCGUGCAGUCCCGGAUGAUCCUGUCCUCAAAGAUUUUGUGGCCGCGCUUCAACAAGCAAUGAACGAGCGCCCAAUAUGGACUCGUCGAGCAUUGCAGAAUCGUCUCGUCAACGAACCAGGAUAUUAUUUGAUGAAACCUGCCCUCCAAUAUGUUGGCUACCAAUUCCGGAGUGGUCCUUGGCGCGAUGCCCUCAUAAGAUAUGGAGUUGAUCCCCGCAGAGAUCCGUCAUGUCGCAUUUAUCAAACCAUUUUCUUCAAGUUAUACGAGGAAGAUGAGCGUGCUCCUGAUGGUCAAUGGAAGGAUAUGCGGAGUCAAUACACAAGACACCAGGUUUAUGGCACAGGAGAUGCUCCAUCACAUAUGUUCAAUGGCACCUCUUUGACUCUCGACGGUAAAGUGUGGCAAAUCUGCGACAUAACAGACCCCCUUCUUAUUCCUAUGAUACAAAAUGCUCCAAUGGCCAAGGCAUACGAUAACAAUCAUGACGGAUACUACAACAAUGGUACUCUCGCUAAAAUUCGAGCGAUCAUGAAAACUAAGUUGAUUGCAAUUCGCAGCAAUAAAGUGAUCCCCGACAAUGCUUUCGACGUGGCACUAAGCAUACCGGACUUCGUGGAGGGAAAGAAUGGGAGGAAAGUACACGUGCCUGUACCGGACAUGCGAUUGACAGACGAAGAGAUUGAGAAACUGAGAGAGAAGGGUAUAAUUAGUGGAAUGACCGGAAAGGGGGUAAGGCAUAUUGAUUCAAGGUCGAAGAGAAAGCAAUAUAGGAAGGGGGGUAAGGUAGAGAAUAAAAGAGCGAAGCAAUACGGCAUGAUGAAGGGACCAUCGACUUCAAAGACAAAAGCCUCUGCUUCUACACCGAAGCCUCGGAAGAAGAAAGCAUCUACCUCUAACGACAAAGGUGCCACGCCAGAUGUCAGUACUGUAGGUGUACCAGGAGAUAUUUCGACCGAAGAUGCCAUCAAGAUGAUGGAUGCGUGGGGGGAAGAAGCGGAAGAAGUCGAAGCGGAAGUGGAAGUGGAAGAGGAUGACGACGAGGAUGCAGAAGAGAAUGCGGAAGAACUAGUAGAAGCUGAAUUAGGAUCCGAGAAUGAAAGUACAGGCUCAGAAGAUGAGUCCGAGGCUGAGAAGGAAAGAGAGAGGUUCAUCAAGGAUUAUGAGGCACGGAAAAUGGCAGCAGCUGGUUCAAAUGAUCAUCGGCCUUAUAGCUAG